AUGAUAGAACGUACUGGCUUAGGUCGUUCAGGCCAAGAAUUUAUUCUGAAUUUUAAAGCUUUAAAUGCUGAUGGUAUUGGCAUAACACCGUAUUCGAUGAUCGUAGGAAAAUAUUUUGCUGCUAGACCGUUUUUUGCGAUCCAGCCACUUUUGAUAUAUGUCUUCCAGAUUAUCGAAAAACGAGUGUAUGAGGAAGAAAUGGUUGUAGUUUCAGCCAGCGUUUUAUCUACUCUAAAAAUACGAUAUCAUCCUUCUUCUCGUAAUGCUGCUUUUGUUCCAAGCAAUGGAAUAUGGAAUUUGCGUGAUAAAUUAGUUGCUACAGAGGCCACACUUGCUCAUGGUCAUACGUUGCUUUCGGAGAUUACCAGUUCAAAUCGUAACAUUUUUAUUAUCGUUUAUGCUUGUUAUAUUUUAUGCAAUCCUUUUGCUACAUCUAAGCCUUAA